AAAUAGUAUUAAACGUGAAAACAAUAUAUCGAAAUAUAAAUAUAUAUAUUUUACUCACUUUACACUCGCCCCAAAGCUAGUUUUCAGACAACGAAUAGAUGGUCAAGGAAACAACGAUCACGUCCGCAAAAAACUGCGAAACGCACGUGCGCACCGUCAGCACGCCGCUCAACUUGCCGCUCUUCUUAUCAGGAAGAACGCGUUUUAGAGAUGACGCUUGGCGCAAGGUGCCCAACUACAUUGAGAAGAAGAAGCAUUUUUACGCAAAAUACUGCAAUGAAGAAAAGAAAGUGGAAACAAGAGAUGUGAAAGAUUUGAAAAACAUGAUUGGCGUGAAUCGUGCGCGAGCCGAACGCUGUACCAAUUUGCAUAUAACAAAAAUCACACGACAAUUGGGUGAAGACAAAGCAUGGAAUCUGCCACCGAACAUAUACAACACGAAGCGGGAGCCAUACGAAAGCAAGCGCGGUCACCUCGGCUCCUAUUGGCCCAAGGAGGCCAAAAAGAUCACUAAUAUAUUUGAGCCGACUUCAGUCGAAUUGGCACGUGCGCGUGUUAAGAAGGAGCAAUGGAAGUUCUAUGACUUGCCGACGAAUGCAGAUUUGCUCGCUGCACCCUCAAACCAGCACAAGGGUGUAUUCUUAACGAAUGCGCGCGACAGACGUGCCACAGCGCGUUGCAUGAUUAACGAACCGUCUUUGGUGUACCGCGAUCCGGCCGAACCCUCGCCAGCGCACUACAAUCCGUUGCGGUAUCAGCUCGCCUAUAAUGUCUCACCACCCUUGUACGAACCGGCGCCGAAUCCUCAUCUCUUUCUGCGUGGCACUUCUGUGCCCGACAAAUGUUUACCGCUGAUACGUCGGCACAUAAGCUUCGAGCCAGCGGUGGGCCGCUACGAGAUACGCUUCCCCAUGCAUUGUGGUUGUUCGCGCAAAAUUCUAACUCCUGGCUUGCGUUUGAUUGUCGACCGCGAGAAACGCCUCAAAUUCCGUCGCUUGCCAUAUAAGAAACUCAAAACACGUAAUCUAUGUUCACCCGAUUGGGGGCAUGUGAAGGGACGCGGAUUUCGGCGUCUCUUUCGCAUUUCGAAGGCGUUGGCUAAGACGCUUGGCAGAGAAAAGUUUCGCGAGAAGUCCAAAGAGAAGAGCAAAGAAAAGACUGAGAAAAUGGGCAAGCAGUUUGUGCUUUAUCCAGAUUCGAAAUAUAUAAAUAUGAUCAAUUCACCGCGCAAAGACCUCAUAUCGGUGCAUGUGGGCGGUACACCGAAAGUACCCGUUAGAAUACGUUUCAACUGUAUCUUCAGGCGUGUGACGCGUCGUCAACUGCGCAAUAAUAAGAAAAUUGUAUUCAACAGCGGCAGCGAACGAUUUCCGGAACUCGAAAUACGUCCGGUACAACUUACGGCCAGACAAUUGGAGGAGUUAAAGAAUACACUGCCACCUGAGCGUCAAUUGCGCGACUAUCCGAUAACGAGAAGACCUUUAUCACAAAUCAGUUCGCACUUGUACGACACGCCUACACAUAUGCGUCCGGCUUAUGAGCCGACCUUGCGUAAACGGCUUUUCAAAUUUAAACCAUUGCCUGAGCCGAAAGUACUUGUGUCGGAGAAACUAUUUCGCUCCACUAAUCCAGAGGUGCAAUUUUUCUACAAUAAACCAGUCGUUGCUGAAAACUUCAUGAAAGAUCGUAGGAAAACCGAAUCUUCCCAACAUUACUCAAGCAUUGAAAUUGGUGCCGAGGAUAGUACAAAUGGCGCUGUGGCUCCUACUGGAGAGGCUUAGCACUUACAAAAGAGGCUCCUACUGCAAAGAUAUAGGAAGUUUUGACUUUCACAUUUUAUUUGUAACUCUUUAGUGUGUACAUUCAAUAAA